UCACUGCGCACACAAAGCGAGAGAAAGGGAGAAAAAAAAAGCGAAGAAUACGCAGAUUCAAUCCAAUUUAGGGUUAGCGAUUCCCCUAAUUUUGGAAACCUAAUCCUGGUUCCUGAUCUGUUUCCCGGAUCGGAAGACGAGAAUGGGCGCGAAUUCGAUACCAACGGACGCAACCAUUGAUCUCGAUGAGCAGAUCUCGCAGCUCAUGCAGUGCAAGCCCCUCUCUGAGCAACAGGUUAAAGCAUUAUGCGAGAAAGCUAAGGAGAUCUUAAUGGAUGAAAGCAACGUUCAGCCUGUGAAAAGCCCUGUGACAAUUUGCGGUGAUAUUCAUGGACAGUUCCAUGAUCUUGCAGAGCUUUUCCGUAUUGGGGGAAUGUGCCCUGAUACCAACUACCUGUUUAUGGGAGAUUAUGUUGACCGUGGUUAUUAUUCUGUUGAAACUGUUACGCUGUUAGUCGCCUUAAAGUUGCGAUAUCCUCAGCGAAUCACCAUCCUGAGAGGAAACCAUGAAAGUCGUCAGAUCACUCAAGUUUAUGGAUUUUAUGAUGAAUGUCUGCGAAAGUAUGGCAACGCAAAUGUUUGGAAAAUCUUUACAGACCUCUUCGACUAUUUCCCGCUAACAGCCUUGGUUGAGUCAGAAAUAUUUUGCCUUCAUGGUGGAUUGUCUCCAUCUAUCGAGACACUUGACAACAUAAGGAACUUUGAUCGAGUUCAAGAAGUGCCCCAUGAAGGGCCGAUGUGUGACUUAUUAUGGUCUGAUCCUGAUGACCGUUGUGGUUGGGGCAUCUCCCCACGUGGUGCUGGAUAUACAUUUGGUCAGGACAUAUCCGAACAGUUCAACCACUCAAACAGCUUAAAGCUAAUCGCCCGAGCCCAUCAGCUGGUUAUGGAUGGAUACAACUGGGCUCAUGAGCAAAAGGUGGUAACUAUCUUCAGUGCACCAAACUACUGUUACCGUUGUGGGAACAUGGCUUCGAUUCUUGAGGUUGAUGACUGCAGGAACCACACCUUCAUUCAGUUUGAACCAGCACCGAGAAGAGGAGAACCAGACGUUACUAGAAGAACACCAGACUAUUUCCUCUGAUCACUAGACACAGAAUCAUCUCAGCAGCCUGCCUCCACAACUGAAAAGAUCACAGCUGGUUGGUAACUCAAGAAUCUGGUUUCUAUGCAAUGUGUAAGGUUGCUGUGUUUUAAGUUCAACUUAGUCCCACCACCAGAAUAUAGUGUCUAUUGUAGGCGAAGAAGCCCUCUACCAUCUUCCUCUAUAACCAAGAACAAAAGAGAAGUCAAUGGACUGACUCGAGAGUACCCAUCAUACACAUUGUUUGAUUGAUGUUAUUCGCUUAUUUCUUCUUUCUGCAUUAGAAUGUGUUUUUAUGUUAAGCGAUAUUUUUGUUUCGUAUGAUUCUUUUUUCAGAUUUCACUAGUUUGUAAGUUUACGAAUCCAAUGAAGCUUUUUUAUUGGAAACUUUGAAGAUGUUUUCUUUCUA